UCACUACGAACCCUUACAACAGCAGCACUCUGCCACUCUCUCUCUCUCUCUCCAUAGACAGACAGACAUGGCGGAGUCCAUCAAGCUCCAUGCUUUCUUCCUCAUUUGCUUGCUCUUCAUUUCCUCAGCCUCUCCAAUCCUCGGCUGUGGCACUUGCGGCAAGCCAAAGCACAAACCUGUUAAACCGAAACCAAAGACUCCCAAAGGACCCAUAAAGCCACCUGGCGUCAAAAUACCUCCAGUCACAGUCCCUCCCAUCGUCAAACCACCAGUGACAAUACCACCCAUUGUCAAACCACCAGUGACAAUCCCACCCAUCAAACCACCAGUCACAAUCCCACCCAUCAAACCACCAGUCACAAUCCCACCCAUUAUCCCGCCCAUCGUAAAACCACCAGUGACAAUCCCACCCAUCAAACCACCCGUUACAAUCCCACCCGUCACAAUCCCACCGAUCAAACCACCCGUUACAAUCCCACCCAUCAAACCACCCGUUACAAUCCCACCCGUCACAAUCCCACCCAUUAAGCCACCAGUGACCCUUCCUCCGGUAAUCCCACCCAUCGUAAAACCACCAAGCACAAUCCCACCCGUUACAAUCCCACCCAUUAAGCCACCAGUGACCCUUCCUCCAAUAAUCCCACCUGGGAUAAUCCCACCAGUCAUAGGGGGGCCCCCAGCUACGAAGCCACCAAGUCCAGGGACAGCAUGCCCUCCAACUCAAGGGAAACCUAGUCCGCCUCCCAAGGACACGUGCCCCAUUGACACAUUGAAACUUGGUGCUUGUGUGGAUCGUCUAGGCGGGUUGGUCCACAUUGGGCAGGGUGACCCGGUGGUGAACGAGUGCUGCCCGGUGCUGCAAGGGCUUGCUGAACUUGACGCUGCAAUGUGCCUCUGCACUACUCUUAAAAUCAAGUUUCUUAAUCUCAACGUCUUUGUCCCACUGGCUCUUCAGCUCCUUGUCACUUGUGGCAAGAGUCCUCCUCCUGGUUUCACUUGCUCUCUCUAGAAGAAGAAAUCCACGUUGGUAGAUUGAUGGAUCCAACGGAGCAAUCGUUGGAAGGGAAAAUCGUCAUGAGAGAAUGUCGAGCCUCCCCCUCCCUACGUCCAUUUGUUUAACAUUUCCCCCAACAUUUUCCUCUUUUGAUUAUUAAUGGUAUUGAGAUGAUGUUAAUUUGGAUGUGAUAUUGUACCCACCAUUUGUUUUUAAUUGUGAAAACAUUGUUGCAUGCAUGUGUGUUUUAUCUCAGGAAUGAAAAUUAAGCAAUCAAAGAUGUUUUUAUCUUA